UAGCUUCUCAUUCGAUCCCUCUUUUCGUUUCUUUUUGAAAAUUGACCGAAACUUCGUGUUUUGUCGUUGACUUUGCGUUACUUAUGUCCGAAUUCAAAGGAAAAAUGGAGGAUCAUUUUGAAUUUGGCGGAAUUGCAAACAGACGGAGAGGGCUGCAAUUAUUGGCGAUAUUUAUUUCAUUUAGUUCAACCAUAGCGACAACUGGUUUUCGAACAUCGGAACUGCAGUUCAGUACGAAAUAUAACGUAACCGUACCGACAGCGUUCUUUACCCAGAUCAGCCUGGAAAAGUGUUGGGAAGAGUGUACAGCAAGGGUGGCCUGUCGGGCCUUUAACUAUUACAAUCUUUACAAACUCUGUGAGCUGGACAUUCUUGGGAAUUUGACUGAUGUAUCUACCAGUGAACCAUUUGAAGAAAACGGCGUUGUAUAUUGGGCAAAACAGGAACUUUUGGCCACCAUACCCUGUGGAUCAAAAACGUGCAGUUUGGGACAGAGAUGCGACAAGGAUACAGGAGCAUGCGAAAUAAAAGAAUGUGGACCGCUCAACGUUUCGGAUGACAUAGUCGUUCUUGGGAAUGUGAACAAGAUCGGCAGCUGGAUUCGUCUUGGCUGUAAAGACGACUACGUCCCGUCUUUCACCAGUGUCGAAUGUGACGUGGGUGGUCAUUGGACAAGACAUGACUUGACUUGCAAGAGAUGUGAGGCUGAUUGGAUCCUGUUCCAUACCUCAUGCUACAGACUCUUCCCUGAAGAAGUCAUCUAUGAAGCAGCAACGAGCAAAUGUGAACUGGUCGGUGCUAAACUAGUUUCAAUUACCAGCUCCGAUGAAUAUGACUUUCUACAAAGAAAGUUCUCUCCUAGAGAUAGGUUUUGGAUUGGAGCGAAUGAUAAAGAAAAGGAGGGGUUAUGGAAAUGGGAAACCAACGAAACGUGGUCAUAUGAACAUUUCCUUGAAAACGAACCCAACGGGUGUACUACAGAAAACUGCCUGAUCAUGUGUAUAACAAAUCAAUUAACAGGUUGGGCUGAUGUCAAUUGCUACCGCAAUCAAACAUACGUAUGUAAAAAAGUGGCCUGAAAUUGAACAAAAUUUUGUGAAUGCUGGCAUACCAAAAAAUGAAUAUCAUUCAAUGUUUGAUUCAAUAUAAUUAUUUAUAAAUAUCAAUAAAAUGACGUAAUUUUCGAAUACUUAUACUCCUUCUUUGUAGUUAUUGCAAAAACAGCUUAUCGUAAGGUUUUCUUUUCAUUUUUGUUUGAAAUUGAAAAUGGUGUGAUCUGUGUUAGCGUUACCAAACUAAAUGUAAAUUACCUUCCCGUUCCAGUUCCUGCCUGUUCCUAAUACGUUAACUUAUCAUACUGUACAUUGUUUUGUUGACAUUAAUUCAGGAGAUACUUAUGUGUGUUUUCAUUUAAGCCUUAAAAUCCAUUAACGAUAUUAACUAAAUAAUAUUCUCGUUUCGUCAU